AUGAAGCAAAGAUUCUCUUCAUUGGAUGUGAAAAUUAUCGCACAUGAGCUCCAGGAACGCCUGGUGACUCUUAGACUCUCCAACGUAUACGACCUUUCCUCCAAAAUCCUCCUUCUCAAGUUUGCGAAACCCGACAACAAGAAGCAGCUUGUUAUUGAUACUGGAUUUCGUUGUCACUUGACAAAGUUCGCACGUACAACCGCCGCGGCCCCAUCCAUAUUUGUUGCGCGGCUUCGGAAAUUUCUCAAGACCAGACGGUUGACGGCAGUUAGACAAGUGGGCACUGAUCGAGUCCUGGAAUUUGAAUUUAGUGAUGGCCAAUACCACAUGUUCUUAGAGUUUUUUGCUAGCGGUAACAUCAUUCUCACCGAUGCCGAUCUGAACAUCCUUGCCCUGGCAAGAACCGUGCCCGAAGGUGAAGGACAGGAGCCUCAGCGAGUCGGACUGCAAUAUUCUCUUGAAAAUAGGCAGAACUAUGGCGGAAUACCCCCCUUGACCAAAGAGAGAGUACAAAAUGCCCUCAAGACUGCCGUGGCCAAGGCGGCUGCCGAUGCAACGUCUUCGAAGAAGCAAAAGGGCAAACCUGGUGGUGAUCUGAGGAAGAGUUUGGCUGUUUCUAUCACAGAGCUGCCCCCCGUGCUUGUAGAUCACUGGUUACAGACGAACAACUUCGAUACAACUGUUAAGCCACAUGAAGUUUUGGCGAACGAGACCUUGCUGGACGAGUUGGUCAAGUCACUCCAGGAAGCCCGGAAAAUCGUGGAAGAGCUCACAAGCUCAGAAACAUGCACCGGCUAUAUAUUCGCUAAACGCCGAGAGAGACCUGAAGGAACCGAAGCCAACGACGACGAGAUAAAAACAAGGCGUGACAACCUACUCUACGACGACUUCCAUCCAUUUAUUCCUUACAAGCUGCAGAAGGACCCCGCGAUCGAAGUUCUUGAAUUUCAGGGCUACAACGAAACCGUCGAUGAGUUUUUCUCGUCUUUGGAAGGUCAACGACUGGAGUCCAAGCUGAGUGAACGUGAGGCAACAGCAAAGCGAAAGCUGGAGGCCGCAAAGAACGAACAGAAUAAACGGAUUGAGGGGCUCCAAGAAGCACAAACCCUCAACUUCCGCAAAGCUGCCGCUAUCGAAGCGAACGUGGAACGUGUCCAGGAAGCCAUGGACGCCGUCAACGGGUUACUCAAUCAAGGAAUGGACUGGGUAGAUGUUGGGAAAUUGGUUGAACGUGAGAAGAAACGGCACAAUCCUGUUGCCGAGAUUAUUAAGUUGCCUCUGAACCUUGCCGAGAACCUUAUCACGCUCGAGUUGGCCGAGGAAGAGUUCGAACCAGAAGAAGACGACCCUUACGAGACGGACGAUGACGAUAGCGCACUGGGCGAGGAUGAGAACACAUCGCCUGCAGCCAAAGGGAAGCAGACCGACAAGGCGCUUAGUGUGGAGAUCAACCUGGGCUUGAGCCCUUGGAGCAACGCUCGAGAGUAUUUCGACCAAAGGAAGACUGCAGCUGUCAAGGAGGAGAAGACUCAACAACAGGCCUCCAGGGCCUUGAAAAAUGCGGAACAAAAGAUCACCGAGGAUCUCAAAAAGGGGUUGAAACAAGAGAAGGCUCUGCUCCAGCCCAUUCGUAAGCAGAUGUGGUUCGAGAAGUUCAUCUGGUUCAUUUCAUCCGACGGCUAUCUUGUAAUCGGAGGCAAAGAUGCCCAGCAGAACGAGACCAUCUACAAGAAGUACCUUCGUAAAGGCGAUAUUUACUGCCAUGCCGAUCUGCAUGGGGCAUCCAGUGUCAUUAUCAAGAACGACCCCAAGACGCCAGAUGCACCUAUCCCCCCGUCAACACUUUCCCAGGCAGGAUCACUUGCCGUAUGCUCGUCAAACGCCUGGGAUUCCAAAGCUGGCAUGUCUGCGUGGUGGGUUAACGCUGACCAAGUCUCCAAAUCUGCUCCGACAGGAGAGUUUUUGCCAGCGGGAAGCUUCAUGAUUCGUGGGAAGAAGAACUUCCUUCCUCCAGCCCAGCUUCUUCUUGGGCUGGGUAUUGCUUUCAGAAUCAGCGAAGAGAGUAAAGCCAAGCACGUCAAGCAUCGCUUACAUGGUGUAGACUCCGUAGCAGGUGACGAACCCUCACGGGCUCCUCAAUCAGCAAAUAUGAUAGGCGGCGCCGAUGAACCCGAUGCAGAACACUCUGAUGUUCCCUCUGACUACGAAUCCGAAGAUGAGAAACAUGACGAAGAGCCUCGUGACAACCCUCUUCAGGCGUUCGGAAACGGCGAAGGUCGUAAUGAGGACGUCGAAGAGGCCGAAGAAGGCGUUUCUGAGUUGAAGAUUUCGGAUAAAGCAGCUGAUGAGACCACUGACCAAGGUCUGGCCAAGGGUGACGACAGAGAGGGAGAUGAUGAAGAGGAUGAAGGAAAUGAAGACGAAGAAGCCGCUGAAUCUAGAGAUUCUGCUGGAUCAGAAAAGGAAACCGACAAGCUUGCGGGAGCAAACACGAAGAACGAUACAGUAAACUCGUCCAAGAAGCAUCCUCCCAAGCGAGGGCAACGGGGCAAAGCGAAGAAGAUUGCCGCAAAGUACAAGCAUCAAGAUGAUGAGGACAGAGCUGCUGCUGAAGCCUUGAUUGGAGCAACAGUUGGACAAAAGAAAGCCGAAGCCGAAGCGAAAGCGAAAGCUGAUCGCGAGGCUGAGCUCGCUGCAGCCAAAGAGCGACGUCGUGCACAGCACCAACGACAACAAAAGGAAACGGCCGAACACGAAGAGAUCCGACGUGUCAUGAUGGAGGAAGGCGUUGAAAUGCUGGACGAAGACGAGGCCAGUCAGAUGACAGCGCUCGAUGCCAUUGUUGGUACUCCUCUUCCAGGUGACGAGAUUCUCGAGGUCAUUCCUGUUUGUGCCCCAUGGAAUGCUUUGGGACGUUACAAGUAUAAGGCCAAGCUGCAGCCUGGAGCGACAAAGAAGGGCAAGGCAGUUAAAGAGGUCCUCGAGCGUUGGAAGGCGGCUUCUACUAAGAAGGGAGUGGUGGAUGAGAAUGCUCGGGACAAGGAUCGAAUGUGGCCACGAGAAGUGGAGCUGAUCAAGGCGCUUAAGCCUGAGGAGACCUUCAACGUUGUGCCUGUUGGUAAGGUGAGGGUCAUGAUGGCUGGCGGAAGCAGUGGGAGCGGCGGCGGCGGCAAGAAAGGUGCUGGCGGCAAGGGUAAAAGGGGAGGCAGAGGGUCUAAGAAAUAA